AAAGCUGUGGGGGAUCAGGAUGGAUAUGGAAAUGUGAAGGAUAAGAGGUUGAGGGGUUUAUUUGGUGAGUCUUUUAUGUUCUUGUCUUUGCUUUGGGUUUGGCAGUUGGAGGUCUGAAGAUUUUGAUGAUUGGAAGGGUUUGGAAUUUGCGAGCAUGUAAAUCUUCGAGCGCUGCGAGCUAUGGUACUCAGGAGCUCGCCGGGUGUGGCAAGGAGACGGCGGAAAGAAUAGACAGGUAGGGUAGGCGAAGGAAAGUUUUUAAUCAAUUUUUUGUUGUGCUUGACAUCUCAUCACGACAACGUUUCAUGGGAAGUCUUCGAGCGCAGCGAGCUAUCGGGGCUGCGGCUUUCCCCAAUCAGAAGAAUCGGUCUAUUUUUGGAAAUGAUGCUUCGCUGGUCUCCCGGGAGCGACUGCGGACUAGUUAGGAAGACAAUUCUUUUGCUUCUGUCCGAUUUCUGUUCUAACAUACUUCACUCGGACUCACAGUGUUCGCGCAUAAACUCGAAAUCGAUCUCGAUUCCUUAGAUGCAAGUCUGAGUAGAGACGUAUUCAACUUCACAUUUACAACAGUUGAGGGAAAUGGGACGUUUAAAGAGUUGGAGAAUAGUAUAGCGACGUUUCCGACAAAGUUAAGCUCGAGUGCCAGGGAUAAAGCGCAGGAAUUGGAUGAGAAGGCGACGCGUAUUUGGAAUGUUGCGACGAGGUUGAGAAGGAGUCUUCCUGACGGGGAUGAUAUGGAGGUUGAUGAUGAUGGCUCAAAGAUUUGGGAUAAGAAAAAUGAACUUAAGGGUUUAUUGAUCAUGGUUAGGAUGUUUGCCUUUCUCGUGCUGGAUUGUGCGAAUGAGUGUGGAAACUCUGCGGCUUAUUUGCGCGAGGGAACCAGCGAGAACAAAGACAACAAGAACGUGGAGAAGUCGAAGGGGAAUUUGUUGAGGCUGAUGAAAGUUGGGAUCAAGGCGGGAAGAGACUGCUUGAGUAUGUAUAGGUCUCUAUUCAGGGAGAUGUGGAACUUGCGGUUUUUUACUAAUCAUCAUAUCCGGAUCAGAUGGACAGAAAAUCGAUUAUGCAGUCAAAGCCUUAGAAAAGCUUGCAGGAUAUGCAGGAUAUAGUGAAGAACUUUUACGUGCAUACGCAUCGUCUGGUAAAUCGGAAGAAAAGGCAACCUGUGCGAGAUUCACGGCUGAGUAUUUCGUUCUUAGGACUUUAUUGGUAAAGAUCAUGAUAUCUUUUGCCUAUUAUCUGCUAACAAAGUCCAUAGGCAUGGCGACAAGAUGAUAUGCAACUCGCUGAACACAUGUUCAAUAAAUCCAUGUCCUUCAAAGAACUCUUCGACCAUUCUACUACCGAAAGUCUCUCGGAUACUUUAUAUGAAAUGGGAAAGGAAUUACGUGAGAAGGAACAGCAUGGGCUCUCAGUAAAAUGGUUGGAGCGUGCCUAUAGUGUUUUAAGUGGAGAUGAUUUAGACAAACUAAGUGCUGAUGCUACAGAAUUACGCAUAACUAUCAUUCAAACGCUUAUCAAGGCACUCUUGGAGAGUAACACAUCGGAUUCUACACAACGGGCACGGGAUUUGGUCGAUCUUCUCGAGAGUGAACUCGGAGAUAAGUUAGUUGUUCUACUUUUGAAACUAGAACUUCUGAUGGAAAUCCCAAAUGAAACUUUUGAUGGUUUAGCAUAUAGUGCCAUUUUGAACAAAAUGUCUCGAAUUCAGGUCUUGGAUUCGACAAACUUGCGACUUUUCAUGUUCCAUGUUAGGAAGUUGCAUAAAAAGGCUCCCAGCUUGGCAUGCGGAGUGUUGGAUGAGGUGAUCAGAUUACGAGUCAAGGAGUUAGCAAGUAUGACAGAAUGGUUAGGAAAGAUUCUUCACACGAGGAUCUGGAUGACUGUCAGUGGAAGGGAGACUGAAGAGUUAUUUGUUGCCAUGGAAGGAUUUCUUACAAUGAUUGGGGAGAAUAUUGAGAAAUCUAUCGGUGUGGAGGCUACUAUGAUGGCUCAUUCGGUUUGUGACGUCUUGAGCAUUGAUCGACAAAAAACUAAUGGGAUAUAGUUAAUUUGGAAAAGGAUCGAGGCAAACUACAGCAUAUCGGAGUAUGAAUUAACGGAGAAAUGGUGUCGCCUUGCUAUGCAUAGAUUGUUUGAGAAACCUGGAGAGGCUAAUAUGGCUAAGAUAUCACGGUUUGUUCUUCUUCUUUCUGAUAGUUUUAAAUCUAAUAUGUUAUAGCAAGCUUCUUCUAUGUGCCCUUAAUCGGGGAGAUAUCAACUCUGCCCGUAAUAUAUAUGGCUCUAUGUCAAAUAAAGCAAAAGAAGAGCCAUUAACACGAUUUCUUAUGUACAAGGUAGCAAUCAGGAGUGAUGAGGUUGAAUUAGCAGCAGAAUGUCUCGAAAAGGUCGCUUCAUGCUCUAAAGAUACAAAUCUACUCUUCGCUUGUGUCCUUGAUGCUCAAAAGGUUGGUAAUAAAACACACGUUUUGAAUGCUCUGUGGUUGGUACUAGAGAAAUGUGGAUAUGAUUUGCAGGGGAAUGUGCAUCUUCCGUCGAUUAUUCGAAUGAUCAUUGUUCUGCUUAUUGAUGUUAUUGCUAUUGAGAAAGCAUCAAGGAAUGACACAAGAGAGAAUAUUGAGAAGCUGUGUGUGCUAUUCGAAAAAGGUAAGUCAUUUGAAAGAUUUCCAGAAGAAUUAUACACUAAUCAUCACAGCACUAAAUGUCAUCCAAAAAUCCUUCAAUCGAGAAAUCUGGACAAUCCUCGAACUCGAAUGGUUUUCAAGAAACUCUUACAAUCUAUCCCUCGAAUAUCUCUCUAUCUGGGAUCCAAACCAUUCACUUCGAAUGUUAGCCUGCUGUAUCGGAUUCAUCGAUCGCUAUCCACAAGAUAUCGGCGAAGAUGCACAUGAAGAUGUUACACUCCGAAAAAUGUUCUGCAACUUCUGCGCUGCUACAACUUUGGUUUCGAUUGCAAGAGCAGAACAAAAUAUCGAAAAUCAGUUACAAUUCUAUCUUAAUUUAAGGAAACAUGUAACAAGUUUUUACCAUUUGUUACAAGAGAAACUGGAAAAGCUAGAAGUGGAAGUUACUGAGGAUUUAUUUCAGAAAUUGUCGGUUUUGCUGGCUUUUGAUUUUGAGGCUGCAUGUAAAUUGAAGGAUUGGGAUGGUCUGGGAGAGAUUAUACUUAAGGCAGGGGUUUGUAAGAAUAUGAAGGUUUAUGAAUUGAUGGCGGAUUGUGUUUUGAGUUGUGAGGCUCCUACUCAAGGUUUGUGCUUCAUUUAUUUUUCCACGUCGUCGUUUCUCGUUUUCUUAUUUUCUUCCCCUGCCAUACCUCUGAAAGACUUGUAUGCUGACAUACCUCACUAAUACAUAGUCCUAAUCAUGGCGCUCAAAAAAAUCACAAACAAAACUUGGGAAAUUGAGGAAUUCGAUACGGUAAAAUUGUCAAAAUAUAUGCGAUGUUUGUUUCAAGCAGCUAUGGGAAAUGAUGACAAGAUUGCGGAGGAAUUACUUGAUCAAGUUUGUAUGCUCGCUGCUGAUGCCGCUGAGGUAAGUUUAUUAAUACCUUCUUCUGUUCCUCUCCUUUUUUGUCUUUUAGUCACUAUAUCCAUCUCCCCAGUCACACAACGCUCGUCUCUCGCUUCUUCCACUUUCAUGAUCAGAGCUAAUAAUAAACUGUAAACAAAAAGACAGAAAUUCCCUACCCAACUCAAGAACUCGAUUGGCUAGCAACGAAAUCUUUUAAUCAUGCUAUAGAUCUCUAUAGUGCAGAUCAAGAUGAGGCGUGUAAGAGAUGGGCUGAGAAAUCUAUUGCUGUAGCAGGAUAUUGCGGGGAUGGGGGGAGUUUGAAAAAGCUCUUGGUGGGGAGAUUUGGUGGGUUGAAGUUUGAUGUUUGAGGUUUGGUUGUUAGGUUGUUAGGUUGAGGCUGGGGAUAGAGGGGGAAGAAGAUUCUUGAGACUUGCGGGGAAUAAGAAAUGAGGGAGUCGGAGGAUUAUUUAUUCAAUAGCUGAAGAUUUGCUGGGGCUUACAUAUGGAAUUAUGAUAUCAUGGUUAUGGGGAUUGGGAUUGGGAUGGAAUGGCUAUAUACACGUAAUAUCUAUACGGAAACUAAUUAUCCUACAAUUAGCAUACAUAACAUAGAAAGAAGCAUUAUAUUAGCUUUAACUACAUAUCUUGUUGUAUAUUUACCGACCUCGAGUCCGCAAGAAAAUUUAGCUUCUAUAUAAUUUCAUCUAGUUCCGAUAACUAUAUAGCUUCCUGGACUGAACUGAACUUCUUCUUACUAUUAUUUUGAGA